GUGUUCAGUGAAAAAAUUUGUUUACGUUGUGAACCCAAAAUCUCAUUUCAAAGUUAAAAAAUUGUAUUAAAUAGGAAAAAGUGUAUUAAUAAUAUUAAAUAAUGAAUCUUCUUUCGUUUACAAAGCUACUCUUAUUAUUAUGUACUUUCAAAGUUAUUAAUACUGUAGUUACAAUUAUAGAAAUCGAAACACCAAAAGAUCUUAAAAAAGCAAUAGCAACUAAAACUAAUUUAUUAAUUUUAUUCUCAAAUAAUGGUAAAGAUACUGAAAUAGUGUCAGUAAAGAAUUUAUUAAAGUCAGUGGAUGGAUCUUUUGCAUCUGUUGACUGUUCAAAACGAGAGCUUAAAAAAGUAUGCAAGAAAUCAUUGCCAGAAGGAACCACGUAUGUCUUAAAACAUUACAAAGAUGGUACGUUCAAUAAAGACUACGACCGGCAAAUGACAAAAACCUCUCUUCAAACUUUCAUGAGAGAUCCAACAGGAGAUAUACCAUUUGAAGAAGAUCCAUCGAGUGUGGAUGUUGUCCAUGUUUCAGGCUUACCGCAACUUAAGAAACUUUUGGGCAAGGAAAAAAACUUCCUUAUGAUGUUCUACACGAAUUGGUGUGGAUAUUGUAAAAAACUUAAGCCUCAUUACGCGAGUGCUGCAACUGAGGUAAAAGGUAAACAUGUUAUUGCUGCAAUGGAUAUGGAGAAACCUGAAAAUAAUCCCGCUAGAGGGGUUUUUAAUAUCACUGGCUUCCCAACUUUAAUCUACUUCGAGGAUGGUCUGCCAAAGUAUCCGUUUGAAGGCGAAAACACAAAAGACGGUCUUAUUGCUUUUGUUACAAAUCCAACUGAACCUGCACCAAAACAGAAGGAAGAAGAAUGGGCUGCAGAUACAAAUUCUGAAAUUGUUCAUUUAACGACAUCGAAUUUUGAUUUAGUUUUAAAAGAAGAAAAAAGUGCGAUUGUUAUGUUUUACGCAAACUGGUGUGGUCAUUGUAAGAAUCUUAAACCGAAAUAUGAAGAAGCGGCUAUUAAAAUGAAAAGCAAGAAUAUUGCAGGAAUGCUUGCGGCUCUCGAUGCCACUAAGGAAAGAGAAAUUGGCAAUAAAUUUGAUGUCAAAGGCUACCCAACUUUAAAGUAUUUUGAGAAUGGCGAAUAUAAAUUUGAUGUGAAAUUUAGGGAAACCGAUCCAAUUGUUAAAUUUAUGGAAAAUCCUGAGGAACCUCCUGCGGUGCCUGAAGAAAUUGAAACUUCAUGGGAAGACGAAGAAAAUGAUGUCGUUUUCCUUAACGAUGAAACAUUUAAGUCAUUUCUUAAAAAGAAAAAACAUUGCCUCGUUCUUUUCUAUGCUCCAUGGUGUUUUCAUUGCAAAAAAGCUAAGCCUGAAUUCAUUAAAGCUGCCGAAGAGUACCGAGAUGACCCAAAGGUCGAAUUUGCAGCUGUUGAUUGUACAAAACAUUCAGGAAUUUGUUCCGCUUAUGACGUAAAAGGAUAUCCAAAAAUAAAAUACUUCAAUUAUUUGAAAACACAUAAAGACUAUGCGGGUGAGAGAAAAGCGGAAGAUUUCAUCAAAUUCAUGAAAAAUCCGGAUCAAGAGAUGCUGGUUCAAAAGCCAAAAGAGGAAGUCAUUCCGUUUACAAGCGAUAAAGUUUUGCUGUUAAACGAUAAAACUUUUGAAACUACAUUGAAAAAGACUAAGUCAUCUCUCGUUAUGUUCUUCACCAACUGGUGUGGCCAUUGUAAGACAUUGAAGCCUAUAUAUAGCAAAGCUGCUGAGUUAGCUUUCGAACAAGGCGUUCCAAGCACUUUUGCAGCAAUUGACUGUAGUGCGAGCUACGAUACUUGUAAACAAAAUAACAUCGAGGGAUAUCCCACGCUCAAAUACUUUAAGAAUGGGAAAUUCUUCAGAGAUUACUCAAAACAACGUACGAGUAAAGAAAUGAUUCAGUUUUUGAAAUCCAACUUGGAUAACGUGGAUAAAGAAGAACUGUAAAUGAGAUUUUUCUGUACAAUCAAUUCAGCGACGAGGAAACUAUCAAAUGAGCUUAUUUUCUUCUUCCUUUUUAAUUAUUUUUCAGUUCAUCUCUUAACUUUGAAGUUUCUAAAGUUGACAAUUAAUUAACUCGAAUAUUCAAUCUCACUACUUUUAUUAAUGAUGUAACGAAAUGCUUUUGAAACUCUCAGGAUGAACUCGAAACUUAUUUCAAUCUCUUUCAAAUGAAAUUAAUAAAAGAAAUGUGAUGAAAUUUAAAUCUUUUGUACAAAUGAAAUCAUCAAUAAAUAAAACUUCAAUAAAUUUUCUUUCGUUUGUAAAAUUUCUUCUAUUAUCAAUUUCACUUUCAGCGGGGGAUAAUUCAUGAAGCUAAAAACCUUUACUUCAGUCGUUUUUUAAGCUUUUU